AUGGAAAAGAUUAGGAAUCUGAUAAGCAAUACUAUGAAGGUGGAUCCACACACCAUGAGUCAAGCUAGAGGUCGUACAUAUGGGGUGGUGUACGAGGGAAUCCAGCUGGCUCAUGCAACAGAUACAGUUGUUGUGGAGAAUAUAGGGCUCACCACUCUAGUUACUGUAGAUGGUUUAAAUGUUGAUCACCCUGCUAGAAUUGAUGCUGAUAAUCCAGCUAAGAAGCAUGGAGAAUGA